AUGGACCGAAAGAUGCUGGUAACACGGGGGUACAUUUCAGAGCUGCAGCAGAAAGCUGCGUGCGUCGAAAAUCAGGAUGGUCUUUUUAGUUCGAGUGGGAAUCACUUCGAGCCCGAGGAAGAUACCCCCGAAAAUGAAACUUUCGAUCAAUCUGAUGAUCCGGCUGACUUUCAUGAAGCACAAAAUCCCGAAUCUGGAUUGGUUAAUCCAUUAGCAACUGGUGAAGCCGCCUUUAUGUCCUCGGGAAAUGGGAGAAUGUUUUAUUUGGGAACGUCUUCAAACUGGUCAUUCACUCGGCGUGUACUCAGUAUCACGCAUCAACAUGUGUACAAAGAAUCGCUACCAACGGAGACGUUGAUAUUUGAGGGAGCUGCCUGCGACUUGAGCGAGGACGAACGAACAGAUCUGAUUCUAGAAGACCCUAUUGUUCCGAGUCUUGACCAUGCCCUCCAUCUAAUCAACACCGUCAAUUUCCGCUGCGGCCAAUUGUACCACCUGUUCGACGAGGAAGAGUUCAUGGGAUCACUGCAUGACUUUUAUUCUGGUGCUUCCUUCGAACAAAAGGAGGUGAAGGGAAGCCCGCAGGGGUUAAGUACUUUGCCAAAGCCAUGCAGCUUCUUCCCAACCACAAUCGACUGUACUCUUCUCCGCUAA